CGCAGGACAGGCGGGGACGGACGGACGGACGCGCGGGGACACCGCGGCACGCAGAGACCGCGGAGCGCACCCGCACCCACGGGCACAGACCCCACACCCCCCUCUCUCAGGGGGCAUCGCGGGACAGCCCCGACCCCGACCUCGACCUUUGCACUCUCGGCCGUGCCUUCCGUGCGGCCGGGCGGUGCUGUCGGGCAGAGCCCGCUGUGUUUAUGGUCUGUAAUUAGGCACGGCCGGGUGCCAGCAGCAAUGAGCAGCCUGAGCCUAAUGACAGAGCUCAGCCCACGCCUCGCCCCGCGUGGGGACAGCCCCGACCGGUGCCCGCCGGCUCCUGCGUGCCCCAAAAUGGCUCGGGGUGCUCAGGCCGAGCAAGGACGCUGCGGUGUCUCCAACUGCCCGGCGAUGCUGCAGCACUGCUGCGUGUCCCCACGGCUGGCAGUGAGCAGGGUGCUGCGGCGUGGCUGUGUGUCCUUGCUGCUGGCUGCAGGGAUGCUCCUGGGAGCAGGGCAUGGGGAUGUAUCCAGGCUCUUUGCUGCUGCAGCGCUUGGGGGCUGUGGGUAGCUCCCAGCACAGCCAUGGAUAUAGCAUGGGUCCCAUGAGUACCAGCACCAGCACAUAGCUCUGCAGUGGCGCAGGGCACAGGGUGAACCCACAGGGGGUGUACUCCAUGUCCCCAUCCCACAGCAUCUCCCACCCCGAAGGGAGCAGCCAGCAGGUGAGUGCUGCACAGCCACCAGCACCAUGGCCUCAUUUGGCACCACGGCUGCAGGCACUGCUGUUCCCGGUGCAUCCUGUCCUGUUGCAGCCAUGGGUGCUCCUCUGUCCCUGGUUUGCAUCCAGGGAAAGCUUUUCUGCUUCCUCCUCCCAGCCGGAUCUGCUGGCUGCUCCACCACCAUACGGAGUGUGAUGCCGAUGCCAUUCCCCUGGGCUGCCUGCAGGGCUCAGGGACUGACAUGGCUGCAGGGUCACAGGCUCCUGUAGUCAGUUGGGCCGCAGUCCUGUUCUGCCCAGCCUCAUCCUGCUCAGUGGGUCCCAGGUUGGGCUCCUGACUGCAGUCAGCACACAGCCUCAGCUGUCCCUGCCAUGGGCUGCUGCAUUGAUUAGCUAAAUGGUGAGGUGAUGGGCAUAGCGUGUAAUGGAUGCAGGGAUGAUGGAUGUGGGGUAAUGGCCUGCGCUCUCCUGGGCCCAGGGCAGUGCUCUGCUCUGCAGCUGCUGCUGGGCAAAGUGGAGCAAGGGGCACCCGGUCACUUCCCUUGGGUCCCAUGCAAAAGACACAGUUGCUCCUCAUCCUCUGGCUGCAGUGCUCCCCCAGAAGAGGCUGAGCUGCCUGAGAGCCUUUGGCCUGAGCUUGUAUGUGUGUGCAGUGCUUGUGUGUGUGUGUGCUUGGUGCUUGUAUGUAUUGGUGUGGUGCCUGUGUGUGUGCAUGGUGGUUAUGUGUACAUGAUGCUUGUGUGUGUGCACAGUGCUCCAGGUGUGCCACCUCUGCAAAGGAGCAUCAGUAGCACUGUCAGCUGAGUGCUGCCCAUCAGUGCACCACACGCAGGGCUGUGCUGUUGGUCCCUGCAAACAACACUGGGCUGUGACAGCUCAGGAUGAGACUGGCUGGGGGUGGGAGUCCUGGCUCAGGUGCAGCAGUCCCAAAGUGGGGCGCACAAAGUGAGGUAAGACUGGCCCCCAGCCUUGGGGCAUCAGUGACUGUACCUUUCUCUCCCCCAGAGCUGCCUCCGCUGCUGACACCUGCUGCUGAAGCACAGAUGGUGCAGUCCUUGGGUUUUGCCAUCUACCGGGCGCUGGACUGGGGGCUGGAUGAGAACGAGGAGCGGGAGCUGAGCCCACAGCUGGAGCAGCUCAUCGACCUGAUGACCAACAGUGACUCAGAGGACAGCGGCUGUGGCACGGCUGACGAGGGCUAUGGGGGGCAGGAGGAGGAGGAGGAGAGUGGCGAGGGGCCACUGCGAGCUGUGCGCACCUUCGGGCAGGCCAUGCGGUGCUGCGCUGCACGCCUUGCUGAUCCCAAUGAAGCCCAGGCUCAUUACCAGGCUGUGUGCCGGGCGCUCUUUGCUGAAACUGUGGAGCUCAAAGCCUUCCUGGCCAAGAUCCGCGACGCCAAGGAGAUGCUGCAGAAGCUGAAGGAGGAUGAGGAGGCAGAGGAGAGGCCGGCAGCAGAGCUGGGCAGCCUGCGCAACACAGACUGGGCCCGGCUGUGGGUGCAGCUGAUGCGGGAGCUGCGGCACGGCGUCAAGCUGAAGAAGGUGCAGGAGAAGCAGUUCAACCCACUGCCCACUGAAUACCAACUGACCCCCUUCGAGAUGCUCAUGCAGGACAUCCGCGCGCGCAACUACAAGCUGCGCAAGGUCAUGGUGGACGGGGACAUCCCACCACGAGUGAAGAAGGAUGCCCACGAGCUCAUCCUGGACUUCAUCCGCUCCCGGCCCCCACUCAAACAGGCGUCAGAGCGGAGGCUACGGCCGCUGCCCCAGAAGCAGAGGACACUGCAUGAGAAGAUCUUGGAAGAGAUCAAGCAGGAGAGGAAGCUCCGGCCUGUGGAGACAUCAUACCGGGGUCAGAAAGGGUACAGCUCGCUGCCCUGCAUCCCGCACGCCUGCUCCAGCCACCUCACCUCCAGCUCCUGCAUCGAUCUCUCUAUGCCUGAGGCCAGCACAGUGCCAGCACGGCCACGGCCCCGCGUCCUGCUCAAGGCACCCACACUGGCAGAGAUGGAGGAGAUGAGCAUUUCCGAGGAGGAGGACUCACCAAGCACAGAGUCUGUCUCAGGGCUGCCUAUGAAGCGGGACCGCUCCUUCUCAGAGCAGGACCUAGCCCAGUUCCAGAGUGAGCUUGGUGGUGGCCACGCAGCACCCAAGGUGCUGGAGUCGCUGGAUCCCGAGCCCCGGCCCCGAUCAGGCUCUGUCCCCGCCAGCUACCAUUCAGUGCCGUACGGCUCUGCGCCCCGCGCUGCCCUGGGCUCCGUGGAGGAGAGGCCAGAGGAUGGCUCCAGCACUGCGCCCAGCAGCAGCUCCAAGCACCUCUGGCUGGAGUUCAGCCACCCCGUGGAGAGCCUGGCCCUCACGGUGGAGGAGAUGAUCAACGUGCGUAGGGUGCUGGUCAAGGCCGAGAUGGAGAAGUUCCUACAGAGCAAGGAGAUCUACAACAGCCUGAAGAAGGGCAAGGUCUGCUGCUGCUGCCGCGCCAAAUUUCCCCUCUUCUCCUGGCCUGCAGCCUGCCUCUUCUGCAAGCGGUCUGUCUGCUCCUCCUGCAGCCUGAAGAUGAAGAUGCCUUCCAAGAAGCUGGCUCACAUCCCUGUCUACGCACUGGGCUUCGAGAGCCUCCCGGGCUCACUGCUGGCCAAAGCUCUGCCACUGCGCAAGAGGGAAACCUUCCACUCGCUGCCAGGUCCAGGCUGGCGUCGGGUGGAGGAGGAGUUCCCCCACAUCUACGCUCAGGGCUCCGUGCUCCGCGACGUCUGCAGUGACUGCACCGGCUUCGUGGCCGACGUUAUCUGCUCCAGUCGCCGCAGUGUGGCCGUCCUCAACGCCGCCCCGCGCCGCCCCGCUGCCCCGCGCUCCCUGCGCUGCAGCUCCUGGCACGAGUGAGGGCCCGGCACCCAACCUACCCAGAUGUACAUAUAUACAUAGGAUGUAUACAUACAGCCUCUAUAUUUAUAUACCUUACGGACAUUAUGGACCAGGGGAUGCGGAGCUCCGCGGCUCUCAGCCCACAUCCCUGUGACGCCCUCCUGUCUCCGCUGCUGACAGGGCGCUGGCACGGCCCCGGGGAGAGGGAGGGGGUCUCUCUGGGCAUUCUUUGUCCCCCAUCCUCUCGGUCCCAUUUCUGUGCCAAGCGCUGCAGGGACGGGGACGCCUUAUUGCCCCGUGUUGGUGUCACGGCCCCAUGCUGAUGUCACGGCCCCUCGGGUGCCGCAGUCAUACUGUACAUAAUGACCCCCUGCCAAUAAACCAUUCUGGGCUGCCCUCCCGGGGCUGUUCCUGCGCCAG